CAAAAGUCUCGCUCGAAGCGGAUCCGUGGCGGACCACCGUCGCGUCAGAAUCUCUCAAUGGCCCCGCAUGAACCCGCAGGAGCUGGCGCAGCUGCGGCGCCUGGCCUCGCUGCCCUUGGCCGGGCCGCUGGCCCGGCCCUACGCCGUGGGCGGCGGCGCCAAGGUGAGCAGCAGCUGUGCCCAGGUGCUGAAGUUUUGGCCUGUAGAGCCAGAGCACCACAUCCUUCAGCUGGUCGUGAAAUCAACACAGAACCACCUGGGCGCCUGCCUGGACGGGGGCUGGCUCCACCUGCAGCUGGCGCUAAGCCUCUUCCUGGCCCUAAGAGACCGCGCGAGCCCCUCCGCGCUGCAUGGCCUCGCCCUGAGCGCCCAGCGAGUGGACGCAGCGCUAUCAGAGUGCCGGCUCCCUUUUGAGCUGCAGCUGCAGCCUGUGCUGGCGCUGCUGCGAUCCGCUUUGUGCAAGCCCGUGGCCUUGUCCGACCCCCAGGAUGUUCGCCAUCUCUCGGCGGUCUUGCUGGAAGCAUUCCUCAGCACUGCGCCCGGCAUGGAUGAGGGAAGGACCUGGAGUGAAGUCCUGCGUCUACACUGGUUCUGCGGCGAGGAAGUUGUCUGGAGCUCCAUGCGACCUGGGCUUCUGCUGGACACCCCGGCCUCCCUUGUGCCCGCCCAGGCCGGAGACCUACGCCUUGUGCUCUUCGAGGCCUCCUUGGAGCAGUGGCUUCCCACGGAGAUGGCGGGCGCACGCUUCGAGGUGGAGACGUCGCUGACAACAUCGAAAGACCUGGGUUCUUUGCGCAGCUGGGAGAUGGCGCAGUUUAGAAAGCUGGCAGACAGCCUGGUGGAGGCCAAGGUGCAGGUGCUGGCCUGCCAGAAGCUGGUGGACCCCUUCCUGCGGGACCUUCUGCGCUCCAAAGGAGUGAGCGUCCUGUGGCGCUUGUCCAUCCGGCACAUCGAGUUUGUGAGGCGCCUGAGUGGAGCAACGCCCGUCACCUCCCUGUCGCUGGCGAAGUGGCAGGAGGUCCUGGGCUGGGUGGGCUCCGUGGAGAUGCUGCGCCUAGUCGGCAGAGACUACGUGGCCAUGGCGCCCCCGGCCAGCCAUCCAUGCCCUGGCAUGGCCAGCAUGCUGGUGGCAGCUCCAGAUGAACCUGCGCUGCAGGAGCUCAAGCAGUGCUUGCCGCAGGCCAUACACUGCCUUUGGACGACGGUGCAGUGUGGCUUCGUCUUCUUGGGCGGCGGAUUGACGGAGUUACAUGUGGCCCUGGAGCUUGAGAAGCUGGCAGCGGAGACAGAGUCCAGCGCCGCAGUGGCAGUGCUGCAAGUGGCGCAGUGCUUGAAGGUCGAUUUGUUUUUCCAGGACGUGGUCAGCAACCUGGCACCCAGCCGCGCCAAGGCGGAGGUUCUGCAGGCCGCGCACGCCGCGCUGAGAGCAGCGCUUCCCGAGGGGAAUGCUUUGGUGUUGGACGCCGAGGCUCCGAAGCGCCGGGGGCUGCUGGGGGCGCUGAACCUCGCCGCGCUGCUGCUGCGCCUGGGCGAGGUCCUCGACUUCCGGACGCAGACCCUGGGAUGAAGCUGACAUCGAGAUCCUGGGGCGAAGUCAUUCGAAGCCGAUGACCGAGGGGCCGGGCCGAUCCCAGCGGGCCGCGAGAAAAGCAUCCGACGGGA